GACAGUUCACCUCGGAAUCUUGAGCCGAAUGACUCGCGGAAAUAUCAAAAAUAUAAAAGCGCUCUUGUUCUUACAGAAUUUUUUCCUCUAUUCUUUGAGAUUUUGUGAAACAAGAACGGCAAGAGUCGUAACUGUCAUUUUCCAAGCGAUAGAAAAGUGACGAAAAAUUGAAUCCUAUGUUAAAAACUAAAAUAAAAAGAGAGAAAAAGAAAACGGCGUAAAUACUAUAUGACAAAUAACAAGGAGUAUUAAAUAAAAAAGUGUUGUUAUGACAGUAUGGAAAAGGAACAUGUCUGGAAAGAGGUAAAGUACAAAUACCUAACAUGAAUUACUAGAAUAUUAUCAAAAGGUACUAUAUCAAUCUCACUUGUAUGAUAUCAUCAGUGACGUUCUCCAUGCUCGCAAAAUGUAUCGCUUCAGUCAAUUGUUAGCUGCCGAUGUUAAACUACGUACUUUAUCAGAAUUCUGACAUUAAGACAAGGCAACAAUGCCGAAUAUUGUCCUCAACCUUGACUAUUUGAGAAGUUGGAACGCCACUUUUAAGAUCCUACAAUUGCUGUUGGGUACAAUAUGUGUUGGAAUCAUCGGUAACGAUUUUAAUCAGGAAAAGACAUACUCAUACUCCACAUUAACCUUUUAUCUUGUUGUUACAUGUGCUUUCUACAUUAACACAUGUCUUCUCUUUGUCAGUUAUUUGAUAUCUUCUUCUGCAUCAUCCGUUAUACCUAAAACAAUUUAUGAAUUUCUCUAUCAUACCAUAGCGUCCGUAUUAUUACUUUCGGCUUCAAUAGCAAUGAUGGUGCAUAUACAUAAAGGGUCUACCGCCUAUGCUAGCAGCUAUGAAGCGUUAUUAGUGGGUUCUAUUUUCAGUCUGCUAAACACCAUUUUGUACAUCUGCAGCGCGGUCGUUGGCUAUGGCUCUUAUGGAGAUGACUGAAAAGUUAAAUUACAUUUUUGUGAUUUGUUUGCACAGUAAAAUUAAAUUAUUUCUACACUUGUCUUCGCCAGACUUACAUAUUUAAACAAUUUUAUUUAAUUGAAUCGAUGUGAAAAUAUUGUAUAAAGAAUUUUGACUGCCAAACUAUGGUCGGUACUUAUAGUCCGAUCUUAUUUCUGAAGAUCAUCUCAAGUAAUGUCUUAAAAUGCUAAUAUGACGGCUCUUCGAUUGGUUUACAACAUAUUAAAAUUAUACGUAAGAUGAUCUUAAAUAUAAGAAAGGAACAUGAAUACCGGCUUACAUUUCUUACUUAGCAAGUACUGACAAAAUUUCGAAGAACCUUUUAAUAUGCUUUACUCUUCAUGAAUCAUUAAUAGCAUUCACAAACAUUCGCUAUGCUUACCACUAGUAUUUUUACAACAUACAUAUUUUAUGUAGACACAUUUAUUUCAUAUAUACAAUAAUAUUUUCAGUAUUAAAUAAAUGAUCGAACAAGCUAUAAAUUGUACGAUACAAUUUGUAUUUAGAUUUCACACAAAAAUGCCAAAAAAGUGCAUCGUCCGAUUGUCUAAUAUAGUCUAAUAGAUAGAUUACAGAUUAUAUUUAUAAGAGUUUAUUAUAAUUUUUCUGUUUUUUCAUUCUUAUUUAACUAGCAUAAUAAUUUGAGUUUUCGAAGUUCAAUUAAUGACUUCAUUCGUAUAUCACUUAAUUCUGUUUUUAAAGACAAGUUAUACUAACUUAAUUGUCAAACAUUUUUGUAACAGUUAGAUUAUAAGUACAAUAGUAUUAUUUAGAAAGCUUGAGAGCAUUUAUGUUUCUUCAUUUUGUAUAUGUACAAUUAUAUGAAAAUUACAAUAAAAUACAUAAUUUCAUAUUGUUAGCCUUUGUAUACGUAUAGCACGUGUUCAUUGCUGUAACGAUUCAACAUGUAGAUUCAGUUGACAGUAAAAUUUUAUUAAAGCGUAA